UCAAUUUGAAAUUGUUGUUAUCGUGAGUGAUAGAGACCACAGUUCACAUGGAUAGGACGCCGGGGAAGCGACACACAGGCUAUGAGCGCUCUGACUCAUCAACGGACAAGCGCUAACAAACUCAGCUCUUCAACACAACCAUAUCAGCAAUGCCCCCAUCUUCGAUUGAACACACAAAAAGGUGGACGCUUUGCCUACAAGAAAGGGCUACAACAAAAGAGGUGGUUCGCUAUGAUUGUAAGCGCGGCUGUAAAAAGGCCAUCGCGGGGAACAUCAAAUGAUCUGGGAGAGAUUUUGUAGAAGCUGCCGACUGUUCACUUCAAGGUGGCGUUUUUUCACCUAAUUAAACGGAUUUAAUCUGCGGUGCUGGUGGCUUGUACAUUGAAUUUCUCCUCGUGGCGGGAUCUGUCGAGUUAAAUUGGUCAAAUGAGGGUUUCGCCUCGCAACCACGUGUGACUGCUAUUACUAUAGUGCCAGGUUGGCACUGCACUUUCUUCGGUAAAGUGGAGGCAUGCUUCCCGGCCGUGAGCUUGUCUACUGUUGCAACUCAUCAUCAAGAUCAUUUAGGACGCCGCAAGGGGCAAACAGCCAAAACAAAUGUUGGUAAAUUUCUGCUGGCAACAGCUAGGAGGCCUGUCUGUGUCUACCUUGACUCUCUUCAUUAGACACCCAGCUGUGCUUGGAAAAUAACAUCCCGGCGCUACUUUCAGCAGGGGCAUUUUUUUGUUGGUUUAAUUUUUUUUUGGCGAUGGUGCGCUUCACCUUCCAGGGAAUUAUUUUUUGAAAUGGAUUCUUCGCCCGGAGAACAAGCUCCCAUGCUGGCCGGCGGUGGUACAGGCUGAACGAGCCCCGGGGCUGCAUCGCUACGCCCGGCGUGUGGGCCGAGGGAGAAACUCGCCCUUGCGACCCUCUAAACUCCAACAGAUAAAAGUGCCAAUCACACUCGCCGGUUCCACAGAGGAAACGGAACAUUAGCAAGAGGAAAUCGCCAACCACCAGCACGAGUCCGUAGCUUGGAGGUAGGUGGUAAAGCUGCCCAUCUCAACUAUUCGUUCGUCGGCUGCGAAACUGUGAUCUGAGACGAUUGUACGAGAUUAGAGUUUGGAUGUCCACAGAAGAUCAUUUUGAUCGUGAACCCUGGUGAGAGGGUAUCAAUGACCCACAUUACUGCGGUCAUUCUCCUGGAGUUUCCAUGAAGUGACCAUUUUUGUAGGUCUUUUCACUCACGUCACUUUGUCACAGCUUGUCGUCUCUUCACACCCCUGCCUCACCUGACCGGCCGGCAUCAACCCUCGGCCCGCAUCAUUGGUUGACAAGACUGUCAUCAGCGUUAAGACCAACUUCCACCGUUCACAGUAUACUCCAUCCUGCGAUUGGCGGGAAUUGAAACACUUUCCUUCAAGAUUUGGGGAGGGUUGAGUUACUCCCACGAGUUUGCGGUUUUUAAACUCACCAAUUCUUUAUCGAGAGAAGGACAAAAAACCCCAACAAAUUGGCCUGUCGACUUGACUUUUCCCAUUGAAUGUGGUUCUGCCAGUGUCCACUCCGCAAGUCGUAUACGGAAAUACCAGUGCCGCCGGGAAAGCAUCACUUGUCACAUAAAAACGUCUACGAAAUAACUACUUCACGAGAAAUAGAACAUAACUCACCGGAAUUGAGUGGAUUGGGACAUCGUAUAAAAAAGACCUUCCCGGCUAUCACUAACUCUGCAACUUUAAACAGAACAAAAAAAUUGUGGGGGUGUUUUUCUUUUUUAACUGCUUCACAUUUUGUGACAAAACCCAAGACGACUGCGGAACCUGUUACAAGAGACCAUCUCUCUGAGCGGAUAUUCCAGUUGACGUAAUCGGGAGUUUCGUCUUGAUUCACCGGGGGGAGACAGCGCUAUCUCCACGCUAGGCAUGUGCUGUCCGGGCGUAUUGAGGUGUGCGCUUCUUAUCUUGAUGAGCCUCUGCACGCUAAGACAAAAUGGGAACGGAGUUGGCGCUCUUUAUACCAGCAACGACAUGUCCAUGCAGUCGCUUGGCGAUAACCGGGCCGGGGCUAGCUCCGAUGACGGCAGUGUCAGCAAGGGAGCAAACGGCGAGCUUUCCCGGUCGUCUCGUACUAUCUGCCGGUCCUUCCCCGGACUGACCCGUAAGCAGCUGCAGCAGUGCCGACGGGCCCCGGACGUGGUCGCCUCGGCCAUCAGCGGCAUACGGAUCUCCGUGGACGAGUGCGGUAACCAGAUGAGGGACCAGCGAUGGAACUGCUCCAAUAUCCGGACGAAAAACGGCAACCCGUACACCAACGUCAUGAUGUCAAGAGGGUUCCGGGAAACCGCCUUUGCCUACGCCACUAUCUCGGCCGGGGUGUUGUACCAGGUAACCAGGGCGUGCAGCAUGGGUCAGCUCCGUACUUGCGGCUGUGACACAAGCUUCGCCGGGGAUGGCGUCGAUUUCGAAUGGGGCGGCUGCAGCCACGACAUCCAGUUCGGCACGAGUUUUGUGGAGACCUUCUUGGACAUCAAGGAGAGGGGGAGAGACAUGCAGUCCAAGAUGAACCUGCACAACAACGGGGUGGGAAGAAUAGCGGUUGCCGAGUACGCUGUCAAGAAGUGCAAGUGCCACGGUAUGUCGGGGAGCUGUGAGGUCAAGACGUGCUGGAUGCAAACGCCACACUUCAGCGAGGUCGGGGACAGAUUACUGGUCAAGUUUCGCGAGGCUAAACAAGUGGUGGCGCGCAACAGCAUCGGCGGAAACCUGAGAUUGGCCGACGACCCCACGCCCGCGUCCACGGACGGCCAGCGGAGGCGACGGCGCAAGCGGCAGCCCGUACCGCCCAAGGACCACCUGGUGUUCCUGGAGGAUUCGCCGGACUUCUGCCAGGCUGAUCCUGGCCUCGGCUCCCUGGGCACCAGAGACCGGUACUGCAACCGGACCAGUGACGGCCCGGAAGGCUGCGACAGCAUGUGCUGCGGGAGGGGCUACAACAUCAAGCUGGAGAGGAAGACGGAGUGGUGUAACUGCAAGUUCCACUGGUGUUGCCAGGUCAAGUGCCGGCAGUGUAGCCAGUCUGUCUGGGUCAACAGCUGCAAGUAAAGCACUCAGGUUGGCUCGGUGGCGCUUUUCACACUUUAUCCGACUUGGAGCACGUGGACUUUCCACAGUUUUUGGUUCCCUGAGGAUUUCCGGACAAACAUAUUGCACUAUUGCUCCCUUCAUAUUCUCUUCAUAAAUGAUUCUUGACUUCACUUUUAAAACACACGGAGGGGUCGCUAUAGGAGAGGAGUAAACACCACAACAUCGCCCAACGCCGUCCCACAGUAUGCUCCCGUCAUACUGCUCCCUAUUUUUUCGAGUUUGAAAGUAGACCACUGGAACCCCCUUCUUGCUUCUGUUAGAAAAUCGUAAAUGAAGAGCGUCACAUAGUGUCGCAUGGCUUCCGGUUCCGUCCAAUUUGAACACAAGCCCCUGUAGGUGUUCAUGUCCAGCCCUCGUUUUUCGAAUCUGCUGUCGCAGUGGCCUAACUUGGGUCAAAUUUGCAUGGGGUAAUGGAGGGGGGGGGGGGCUCGUUUUCGGAGGGGGGUUCUAAACCGAGGGCCCACAAGGGGAUGCACACAGUCCCGUUCCCCCAAUUGCUCCUCCUCCCCCAAUUGCUCCUCCUCUUAGACUAACUCCUCUGUCCGGUGGUCGGCAAAUUUUGGGGAAAAUAUACCACGUCACCGCCAGUUCAUGUGUUCCGUUGCCAAAUUUGUUAUCAUACAACCCCCCCCCAUACAACAUAAUUCAGGUUAUAAAAAGAUUGGUAAUGAUUGUACAACCGCUUCAGCAAUUAACAAAAUGAUGUCAUAAUGAGGUCUCCAAAUAGACAUUUUGGGCCCAUGUUGCACUGGGCUGUAUUCUUGCACUUACCGUUGUUACCAUGGACUCUAAUUCCUUCCACUCCAUAUCAAUAUAGAUUCCAUUCGAUAUAAAUUUAUGUGUGCAUUAUGUGUAAAUUUUAAUAUUUAUUUAAUUUACUGUUUUAAUAUAUGAACAUGUACAUUAAUUGUUUAGAUAUGAACGUGUGCAUGCGACUUAAGUGCAGCAGCGAAUGUGCCUUACCAUAUACCUUUGCAGAUAUCGUUUUUGGAUAACUUGUACAUAUUUAUUUAAAGUUCAAUGUAAAAGAUAAACGUUUAAAAAGAAUGGAAAGUGUGUAGCAGUGUACACAACAUCAUGACGAUAAAGGCAAUUGAACAUGGAACAUAUAUCCUCAAAAAAAUAUAUUGGUUAGUGUUACCGUCGCAGUAAUUCCCCUUUUUUGUUGUGUAAGGUAAAUUCACCAAGUUAGCAGGUUUAAAGGUGUACUUUCGUCCGGAGAUCGGAAAAUCAGUCUUUAUGAUAACCACACACUGAAGUGUUGCGACACAGGAAAUACACGGUCUUAUUUAACGUUGAAAAACGUGAAAUUUAACCCUCUUAAAUGCGGUGAAUGAUAAUGGUCAAAGCCGUCCACAAAAUACUUGCAACGUGUACAAAACAAUAUACCUUAUUCAAGAGGAAGCCAUUUUUGACCGUGUUCCCUGAAUCUGUUUCACAAAUUGUAAACUGUUCAAAGGGAUAGCACCAGACUAUUGUAUGAUCGGAGUGCGUGCCAAACCUCACUUUCAAUAUUUUUUUUAAAAUGUGGCUUAAAACAUUAUGAUAUGAUUAACCACAAAUUUAGAAUUAUACAUCAGAGCAGACUGGUACUAAUUUGUAAUGAACUUUUGUUUCAUGCUUUCAUUUCUAUACUCGCAAGUUCCAAAAAUGAAGAGUUUACCUCGCUUUCAAUUUAAAAUGGCCGACUUGUGAAUAAGUCUGAACCAAUCACUGUGGCGAAUCACAGCAAACGACGUCUGCGUACAGAAACAAAAGUUCCUAGAAAAUUAACUAGCACUCCAACGGCACUAUUUUGGCGGACCAAAGUUUGGUACCCCGAAAUUCGUAUUCACGAUAGUAACACGAAAGCCACUUUUAGAUCGUUAUUUUCUGUAAAAAAAGAAAGAAUGAAAGAAAAGAAAUAGGCCUAUCAUUUUGUGAUUGGGUACAUAUACCAAACGGCAGAUCUCCUUUAAUGAAUUUUACAUGAACAAUACGGUUUACAAGUAAAAAAAACAUAUCGGAAGCACAUAGUUAAUGUAUCACUGGAAUGUUAAUUAAUUUCAAUAUUUUUUUAAUACUGACUGUAUGUAAAUAGUGUACAUACAAAAAACCCGCAAAGUACAUAUUUUUGAAUGGAUUGAAUUCAAUUGUAUCAUAAGAGCUAGCUAGAGACUAAGUUAAUAACUUCGUGAGAUAAUUAUUUAAGUUAUUGUAGAUAAUGACUGAUAACUUGUAGAUGUUUGGAUUUAAUGAUGACGAAAACGUAUUUUUUGGGUAAUCCCUCUUGCCAAAUUAACCGAUUGUGCUUGGGUUUUGCAUAGAAAAUAUUUACUGUGGUUUUUGGACGUGACUGAUAUAAAUCCAUUGAAUAAAUAGUGUGUUUGCCGUUUUGUAAAUACUA